GCUGACCACCUCCACAGCUGAGCUGUUGAUGAGCAGUGGAGCGUGGUGAAGUCGACGAUAAGCUCCUUUGUCUUCUCCACUAUAAUUAGGAAUAAGAGAAUGUAAAAUAAGGGCAAAGCUACAGCAUAAGAUCAUAAUACCGUACAGUUCUAAAAAAUAGCAUAUUCAUGACUGUGAACACUAGGUGGUUUUUAUCCUGGUUUUAGAAAGAAAACCUUGUCUCAGUCAUACUUUUAAGCUCAGGCAUGACUGAUUCAGUCAGAUUCCUCCUGUAGGAAAACCUGUUUUUUCCGUCUCUAAUGUCAUUCUCACUGUUUGUAGAGAAACGUCAAAGACACUCGAUCUUCCGCUGUGCAGCAAGGCUGGACACGCUGAGCGCUGGGGAGAAGUCAGCUACGUCAGAUUCAACCUGACACGUUACAGCAGGAGUAACAAAGUGUGGGAGUGGCUUCAGGUUCUUCAGGAAGCUCAGCUUGUACCUGCAGUGGUUCCUGGUAUUUCAGCAGUAGCAAUGGCGUGUUUUAGGUGUUAUAAAAGUGGCUCUGACGGAGCAAGUGGCGAGAAUGAAUGUAAGCGCAAUUUCAAGAAGCUGAACAGAUUGAUUCUCACUUUGCUGUCUCUGGGGUUGUUUGUCGCCGACAUUGUUCUGGACGCCUGGACUGCGGUGGAGUUAUUCAGACUGGGAGCCUAUUGGAGCUUCACUAUGCUGGUGGUGGUGCUCUUCGGCUCGGCAGUUCUCAUCAACAUUUACAGCUGGCUCUGGUACAAGUAUGACAAGUUUAUCAUGAUGACUAAUCUGGAGAAGGUGCUGGGUCCAUGGCUUGGAGUUCUGCAUUGCUUAACAUUAGGACUCUACUUCAGGCAUUUAGCCGCUGUGUCCGCUUCAUUUGAAAACAUCCGCUUUAAUAAACCCGAGCUGGAGGCAAUAAUCUCUUACCGGAGGUACGACCUGAAGAUUCUGCGGCUCUUUGAGUCCUACACUGAGAGCGCUCCUCAGAUCGUCCUGAUGCUCACCAUCGCCCUGAAGAAGGAAGGCUGGAUACUACAUGUCCUCACAGCGGUGAAGAUCCUCGCCUCAAUGGCGAGCAUCACCGUCUCUGAAGUCAAGUACUACAGAGCAAUAAUUGUCUUCAUGCCUGAGGAAACCAAGGAGUCCAGUGGUUGGCUCCAGCUGCUUCCCUACUUCCUGGUGAAGCUUAUCCUCGUUGCGAGUCGCCUCGCCGCCCUCGCCCUCUUCGCCUCGGUGGAGCCCUGCUUCAUCUUCACUCACUUCAUCUGCUCCUGGCUGGUGUUGUUCUUUGUUGCCUCCUGCUCCAAGACACAUUUAAUGAAGUGUGAGGGGGGGAAGUGGCUUUAUCGGGCCACCUUGGCUGUCAUGUGGUACUUUAACUGGUUCUGUGGGGGGGUGAAGUGGAAGACGAGUAAAAUGAUGUGGCUGUACCACGUCUACAUGCAGCUGGACAUCGUUUUCCUCUGUGGAUGGUGGUACUGGAGAAUGAGCUCAGAUCCUCCUCACUUUGAAAUCUCUUGUGUGAAAGUUAUCAUCGCAGCAACAGCUGUGUCCGGUUUCUAUCUUGUGGGGGUGUUGUGUAAGGCCGUUUAUUUAUGUAUCCUCCAUCCAGAGUCGACAGAAAUAAACUCAGGGGAGCAGACAGAACUCUGCUCUGACCUGACGGACACCGGCAGGAAGGACCCGACGUCUGUGAAAAAGAAGAAACAAAGAUACGGUCAGAUGUUUGGAAAUGUGCUGAGAUACACUAAAUAUCUGCUCUUCUGUAGGCAGAUAUGCCCGGCUACAUGUGAGCCGACAGAAACAUUUGAGUUAGAAGACAGCGACUCAUCUCGCGAAAACAUGAGAUUAAAGGAGCUGGCCAAUAGUUUUUACUCGUGAUAAUCUGAUGAUAGCGAGGCUUCCUUCGUUAGCUUAAAGGACCUAGUCAGCUCGUCAACCUUCAUCCUGCGCCACCUCGACCAACCAGGGACAUGCACCAGGAUCCUGUUUGUAGACUUCAGCUCCACCUUCAACACAUCCUCCACCAGACGUUCAUCCAGCGCCGCCCUCCGUCUGUCAGCGGGUCACCAGCGUCCUGACUGACCGCCAGCAACAGGUGGGGCUGGGGAGCGUCAUCGCUCAAGGACUAUCAACAACCGGCGCCCCCCAGGGGUGUGUUCUCUCCCCUCUCCACUUCUCUCUAUGGACCACACAUCUACGGACCCGUCUAUGAAACUCCUGAAGUUUGCAGACGAUGCAGGAGGUGGAUCAGCUGGUCCACUGCUGUGCCCAGAACCACCUCUGCCUGAAACAGCUGAAGACUGUGCAGAUAACAGUGGGCUUCAGGAGAACCCCCCACACUCUGCCCCCCCUCACUAUCCUCAACAACACUGUGUCUACUGUGCAUCACUUGUGGUAGCUAGGAACCACCGUCUUCAUGGACUUGAUGGUCUGCACACAUUGACACCAUCCAUAAGAAGAUCCAGCAGAACCUGGACUACCUGCAGCAACUUCAGAAGUCUAACCUUCCUCAGCAGCUGCUGGUUUUCUCCUCCACUACCAUCAUCCAGUCUGUCAUGUGUUCAUCUAAACACGUCUGAAAUAAGCAGAACCAGGUUCUACCCCCAGGCUGUCUCUGAGGAACACCUUACACCAAACGUACACAUGCUCACAGAUACGUAUGGAUACAAAACUACUCUCCGGUGCACACUGCCGCUGUUCUCACCUUUUCCCCUGAAUAAUAUCUUUUCUAUUAUAGGCUGUAGCUUCUCAGCUUCCUCUUACUUGUCUGCUUGGUUUUUACACGAUGAAAGCUGGAAUCCCAAGUCAAAUUGUUUGUUCCCACAAACUUGGUGAAUAAAGUUGAUUUGACCAUGGCGAGCUGUCGCUAUCAUCUUGCUCUGUGAUAGCUCUGCGGUUCUGCUGGCAGACGGCACAACAACGUUUAUGUCUGCUGAUCGCUGCAUGGUGCAAAGUUCUGUUCAGGCUCAAAAAGCAAACACUAUCAGGACGAAGGCUUGGUGCUUAAUUAUUCU